AUGGUACUCCUCCACUUCGGGGAACACUGCAAGAACCUGCGCCGGAAAGUGAAGCCCAGGACGGCUCAGCUGAGGAAGCUGACCGGUCGCAGCUGGGGCCUCCAGGAGGCGCAACUACGGACCGUUGCCAACGGAUACGUUCGGGGCGCCCUGGAGUACGCGGCAGCAGCGUGGCUCCCGGCGGCGUCUGAAGCUCACGUCGAGCUGAUCGAGCGGGAGCUGCGAGCGGCGGCCCGUGCGGUCACUGGCUGCACGGCCUCGACCCCGACCGCGCCGCUGAUGGCCGAGGCCGGCAUCCCGCCGGCGCGAGUACGAUGCCCGGCGCUGGCCGCCCGCAUGGUGGGCCUGGCCGCCUCGCUGCCCGGCGACGACCCGCUCCACGCCGUCGGGGAGAUGCACGUCGCGCCCCGCCUGAGGACGACCACCGGAUGGCGUGAUGUCGGCCACCGCGCCCUGGCUUGGACAGGCGCGGCCGACGUCAAAGUGGAAGGACGCCCUACAAAGACUAUCCCACCGUGGGACCACCAUGGAGAAGCCGUGACGUUCUGCCUGGACGUCGGCCCCGGCGGCCAGAGAGCGGCCCCUGCGCACAUACGGAGGGGAGCGGCAGAGGCCACAUUGGAACAUCUGCCGCCCCGCACCACCUGGAUAUGGUCGGACGGCUCGGCGGAGGGAGGCGUCUCCCAAGGCGGGGGCGGUGCCACCAUCACCUUCCCGUCGGGAGAGACUCGGGAGGUCCGAGUCCCAGCGGGCCAGCUCUGCUCCAGUACGCGGGCAGAGCUGUGUGCCCUGAAGGCGGCCCUGAACGCCAUCCGAGACGCCGACGCCGACAUCGCAGACGACCCAAUAGUCAUCUGCACCGACUCCCAGGCCGCCCUGAGGAUGCUGGAGAGCGGCGCCUCCUCCCAGACGACUCACCUAGGGAUCUCCAUCUGGGAGGACCUACUCGCUCUCUCCAGCCGAGGGUCACCGAUCCGCCUCCAGUGGGUCCCGGCGCACUGCGGCCUGCGGGAAAAUGAGAGGGCCGAUGAGCUGGCCAAGGAGGCCUCCGGCCUACCCCAGGAGGCAGCAGCAACAGACGUGAGGACGCUAACGAAGGCCGUCGCACGCUGCGCCUCCCACCGCUGGCGGCAGGAAUGGCCGUCCAGCUUCUUCAAGGACAUCAUGCGGGACCGUAUGCCGGCUCCGCUCAACAACCUCGACCGGGAUGCCGCCGUCAACGUCCACCAGCUGCGGGCCGGGCACUGGGGUCGCUCGGAGCAGUAUGUGCACUGUAUCGGGCGGCGCCCCAUCCCGACCUGCCAGCAGUGCAACCUCAAGGCGUGCCCCGCAGCCCGCUGCAUCGUGUGCAGAGAGGGCGCCGACACCCCGGAGCAUGUGUUGCUCAGGUGCCCGUGCCUGGCCGGCGCCCGCCUGCGACUGACGGGCAACAUCCACAUCCGACCAGAGCAGCUGAAGGACGGCGAGCUGGUGGCGGCCUUGGCCGCCGGCUACCUCCGCCACAAGGAGCCCCUCACGGGGUUACAGGCCGGCCCCAGCCGGCCCUGA